AACCCUUGGUAAUAACUAAAUACGACUCUGAAAUCUCUUCGCACUCGUAAAUCGUACAUAAAGGAGAGCACACCCGUGCGGCCCUCAACCUUGAUGAUGCCUUCCUUCGUGCACCCUCGCUGAACUAUCACGCGCGGUCGCCAUACACUCACUUCCGACCAACCUCCUCUCACCCUCAAGAGAUCUCUUCUUCAUCGUCAAAAGCAACAGACCACCGCAACGAUGAAGUCCCUCGCCGCCCUCUCCACCCUCGUCGCCGCUGCCUCCGCCGCCUCGGUCGCGGGCGCGAGCUCCAAGCGCGUGAGCUACGACGGCACAAAGGUCUUCCGCCUCUCCGUCGGUGACGAGGUCGACAGAGUCAAUGGCGUCGUCGACAAGCUCCAGUUGACGACCUGGAAAGGUGCCCCGAGAGCUGGUGCCUUUGCCGACAUUGUCGUCCCCGCCGCCGAGGUCGACUCUUUCAAGGCCGAGGUUGCUGGCAUGAACCUCACCACCAUGCACGAGGACCUCGGCGCCUCGAUUGCGGACGAGUCUGGGUUCUCUGUCUACGCUGUCGGCUCCGCCAACGCGACCUGGUUCAACUCGUACCACGCGUACGCCGACCACCUCCAGUUCCUCAAGGACAUGGUCGCCUCGUACCCCAGCAAUGCCGAGAUCGUCACCUCGGGCUCGUCCCUCCAGGGCAACGCCAUCACGGGCAUCCACAUCUACGGCACCUCAAAGGGCACCAAGCCCGCGGUUGUCUUCCACAGCACCGUCCAUGCCAGAGAGUGGAUCAGCACCAUGUCCAACGAGUACAUUGCCUGGAACCUCCUGAGCAAGUACUCCUCCGACACGGAGAUCAAGAGCUUCGUCGACAAGUACGACUUUUACAUCUUCCCCGUCGUCAACCCCGACGGCUUCAUCUACACCCAAACCACCAACCGCCUCUGGCGCAAGAACCGUCAGAGCACCUCUGGCAGCACCUGCAUCGGCCACGACAUCAACCGCAACUGGCCCUUCCAAUGGUCCGUCACCGGUGGUGCCUCCACCGACCCCUGCGCCGAGGACUUCAAGGGUCUCUCCCAGGGAGACGCCCCCGAGACCGCCGCUCUCUCCGCCUGGCUCGCAAAGAUCAAGUCCGCGCAGGGCCUCAAGCUCUUCAUCGACUUCCACGCCUACUCCCAGCUCUUCAUGACCCCCUACGGCUACUCUUGCACCGCUGUCUCCGCCAAGAACACGGAGCUUCAGUCCCUUGCCAAGGGCGCCGUCGCCGCCAUCAAGGCUGUUCACGGUACCUCGUACCAGUACGGUCCCAUCUGCACCACCAUUUACAAGGCAACCGGAAGCAGUGUCGACUACGUCAAUGAUGUUGUCAAGGCCGAUUACACCUUCACUCAGGAGCUUCGUGACACGGGUAACUACGGCUUCGUCUUGCCCGCUGCUCAGAUCGUGCCAACCAGCGAGGAGACCUACGCUGGUGUCCGCUACCUGCUCCAGAACAUGAAGUAAAUGGUCUUCGGACGGUGAUGGCUUUCGGACGAUUUUCCUUCUAAGAAAAUGAGUCUGGCGGUACCCCCCUUUCAUGUAUUUAGUUUAACCAUCCCAUUCUGUAAGUAUUCCUUCAGAACAUGAACAAAUAAACAGUGAACAACC